AUGGUUCCGCCUCCACCACCGGUGGAUAACGGCGAAUCCACCACAGCUGUUACAAUUACAACCCCCGCUGUAGAAUCUCAGAGAUCUAUUCCGAAGCCGUUUCUCACCAAAACCUAUAACCUAGUUGAGGAUAAAUCCAUCGACGACGUUAUUUCAUGGAACGAAGAUGGAUCCACCUUCAUCGUUUGGAACCCUACCGUUUUCGCUAGUAAUUUGCUUCCAAAAUAUUUCAAACACAAUAAUUUCUCAAGCUUCGUUCGUCAACUCAAUACUUAUGGAUUUAGAAAAGUAGUACCUGAUCGCUGGGAAUUCUCUAACGAUUGCUUUCGAAGAGGAGAGAGACGGCUUCUAAGCGAGAUUCAACGCCGGAAAAUCUGUUCUGCGGUCACGACGUCUGUUUCUGCUGUUACGGCGGCGGUGGAGGCCGCGACGGUAGCAGUUCCUUCACCUAUGCCGCUGACUGUAAUACCUAUGGCGAUGCCGAUAGUUUCGCCAUCAAACUCGGGUGAAGAACAGGUGAUAUCAUCGAGUUCGUCUCCGACUCGAGCGCCAUCAGAGCUUCUUGACGAGAACGAGAGAUUGAGAAAAGAGAAUGUUAUCCUGAACAAGGAACUUGCUGAGAUGAGAUUGCUUUGCAACAAUAUAUACACUCUCAUGUCAAGUUAUGGAAACAACAACAACAAUAGCAAUAACAAUAGCAGCAGUAAUAAUAAUAAUAAUAAUCAAACGGACGGUGGCGCGCAAGGAAGCAGAGAGUCCGGUAUGACGGCGGCGAAGCCGUUGGAUUUGAUGCCGGCGGUGAAACGGAGCUCCGGGAUGGAAGAGAUGAAUCCGAAGCUGUUUGGUGUUGCUAUUGGAACGAAGCGAGCGAGAGAAAACGGUUGUGAAAGUGGAAGAGAUGAUACACUAUUGCGGCUACAUCAACCAGGUUCUAUGGACGUGAAAUCAGAGCCGUUGGAUUGUCAGGAUAGUGAUCAAACGCCGUGGUUGAACCGGUGUAGUAGAGGGAAUGAGAGUUUAUGUAAAUGA